UAUCCUCAAGGGAGAUAAUUUGAGAAAGUCCAAAAAAACACACAAACCCUCGAUGUUUUUUUUUCAUUUUUAAGGAGGAAGUAGCCAAAUUCCGCUCCCCAUUCCAUUCAUGUUCAUAAAAAGUCUAUCUAAGAUCUACAAAGUCAAGAGCAGAUGAAAAGAUUCAUACAUCAUCUUAGGCUGUUGACUAAAUUCCCACAAGAUCAGACACGGAAAAUCUGCAGAUGUUUCUGUCAGGGGACUCAACUUUCUCCGAAUCAAAAUGACCCAGAUGAUUUUCCUGUGGUUUCACCAAGAAUCACACUCAGAGAUGGGAGGCACCUGGCUUACAUUGAGAGAGGUGUCCCCAAGGACACAGCAAAAUACAAGAUUAUCAUUGUGCACGGCUUUGGAAGCUCCAAAGAGAUGAACUUUUUGGCACCCCAAGAAUUAAUAGAUGAACUGGGUAUAUAUCUUCUGCAAUAUGACCGAGCUGGAUAUGGAGAAAGUGAUCCAAACCCCAAACGCUCACUGAAAAGUGAAGCACUUGACAUUCAAGAGCUUGCUGAUCAGCUACAGGUAGGACAACAAUUUUAUGUGAUUGGAGUGUCAAUGGGUUCAUACGCUACCUGGAGUUGUCUGAAGUAUUUGCCCCACAGGCUUGCAGGGUUGGCGCUGAUAGCCCCAGUCAUCAAUUACCGGUGGCCUUCCUUCCCUGGGAGUCUGAUAAGCGAGGACUAUAGAAGGAAACUUGUGCAUUGGUCAAUGUGGCUUGCAAAUCACUGUCCUAAACUAUUGCAUUGGUGGGUGACUCAAAAGUGGCUCCCUUCAGCUGCUGUCAUAGAAAAGAACCCAGCAUUCUUCAACAAAAGUGAUAUAGACAUUCUAAAGACAAUUCCCGGGUUCUCAAUGCUUACCAAGGACAGUUUAAGGGAACAGGUAGUGUUCGACACUCUUCGCCAUGACUGGAGGGUGGCUUUUGGCAAAUGGGAAUUCGACCCAAUGAAGUUAAGUAAUCCAUUCCCUCAUAGUAGAUGUUCGUUUCAUAUUUGGCAGGGCUAUGAAGAUAAGGUUGUGCCCUCUCAACUCCAGAGGUUUGUUUCAGCGAAGCUGCCAUGGAUAAAGUACCAUGAAGUUCCAGAUGGUGGCCAUUUAAUUGUAUACUAUAGGGGGUUGUGCGAGGCCAUUUUGAGGGCACUUUUACUUGGACAAGAAAAUCUUGCAUAUAAACCUAAACCACCAUUAUUUGAAUCUUAAUUUGCCAUGAUUUCGUAUGUUUGUUGUUAGCAUUUUUUUAGGAGAAUGUCAAUUGUAUAAAUUACAUUUGUUGGGUGAUAAAAAGAGAGUAAAUUGUCAUGUAUGUAAAUUACAUUCAGUCCUCUGUUCUUGGAAUCGUAC